UCAGUGUCAGAACUUAUAAACACAUUUUGGAACAAUGUAGUUUUGACUUAGAGGCGAUUCUAUCUAAGUAAACCCCCAGGUUAUAUGCCCGCGACAUGUUGAAAUCAUUAACCGAGAUUUGCAGUCAACACUAUAUACGGGUAUCAUCAUUUCAUUAAUGAGUUAAUCUAACUCUGGUAAUGWUCUGCUAUUUGACGUAACCUAGUUUUAAAACGAGACAACUUUAAGAAAAAACACCCACUAGUCAUACCAGUAUCUUUUAGAGAGGAAAAAGACUUGGCAGUUACUAAACAAUGGCUCGUACUUUGUUUGGAUUUUUCCUUUGUUUAUUGUCAUUUUGCGAGCUUGGGACGCAUUCCCUUGGAAAUGAAGUGGUUAUAGAUGAUGAUGAARUCAAACUCCACCGAUAUUUGUUCGCUAACUACACUCGUGUUGUUCGACCAGUGAAAAGAAAAACAGAAGCAGUGACAGUGAARUUGGGAAUCACAAUUCAUCAACUUGUCGAUUUGAUCGAGAAAACACAGAUUCUACAGACAAGCGUUUGGAUAAGACAGACUUGGAAUAAUCCACUUCUCACGUGGAACCCGGACGAGUUUGGAGGUAUUGACAGAAUAAAUGUGGAAGCAAAGAGUGUCUGGGUUCCUGAUAUCUAUCUCUACAACAACGCUGACAACGAGAAUGACGGUGCCCUGAAUAAGUUCUCAACUCACAUCAAACUUCACUCUAACGGGCGGAAUACUUGGCUUGCUCCUGUACUGCUGACCAGUUCCUGUAAAAUCGAUGUCACCCAUUUUCCGUUUGAUGAACAGCGCUGCCUGUUAAAAUUCGGAUCCUGGACUUAUGAUGGUCUACGCUUGGAUCUUGUCAGCGAGUCUCCGUCGGGUGACGUAUCAAAGUACGUCAAGAAUGGCGAGUGGGACCUGCUGUCUUUUCCCGCCAAAAGAAACGAGAUUUUAUACGUCUGCUGUCCGGAGCCUUACCCGGAUGUGACGUUUACACUCUACRUGCGGAGGAAAGCGACUUAUUAUUAUGUUAAUCUGAUAAUGCCUUGCUUUCUCAUCACUGGUUUAACGAUAUUGUCUUUCGUCUUACCGCCUGACUCCGGUGAACGAAUAACUUUAGUCAUUACCAAUCUCCUUUCCAUGACGGUGUUCAUGCUCAUGGUGGCAGAAGUGCUUCCAGCGACGUCUGAAGUCGUACCUAUAAUCAGUAUAUAUUACUGCAUUACGCUAUUCGAGGUUGGGCUAGCCUUAGUGGCCACAUGCGUGGUACUACGGGUCUAUUUCACUAACCCAGUCACAACAGAAAUGCCAAACUGGGUACGAAUCGUCGUCCUUAAAUGGAUGGCACGUUUCUUCAAGAUCAAAGUACCAGGCGCAAUCCAGGAGAUAAAGAAAGAGUUUAGCGCUGAAGGUCAAGUCGUGAGGCAGGAAAUGCUGCGAGAGAACGAAGCUUUAAUAGACUUCAAGAGGCAGAACGAAGGAAGAGAAACAGAGAGAAAAAUGUCUAUUGUGCAGUCACCAAAUUCGUCACUUUUGGACAGGAGAACYUCGUUCUUUCCAGACGAGGCAGCAGUAUAUCAAACACUCGACCAUUUGGACGUCCACCGUCUCUUUACGCGGGAAAGAAGACCUUCAAUUUGGUCAAUUCCACCUGAAAAGCUAUGUAAAGUGAGACCAGGAUCUCCUGUUCCUGACAGCGACGUCGAAAACACGGGUGUGAACGAGAAACCGCUGGAUAACGGUACUGGGGGCUCAAGUGCGAAUAAUCCGUUGACCCCAAUGAUGAUUUGCAGACAGGAAAACAUCGCGAAUAACCUGCGUAGGUUGGUUAAAAUGGCUCGAAGUAAAGAAGAAGAGGAAAUCAAGAGAGAGGAAUGGAAAGUGGUUGCUGAAAUCAUCGAUAAAUUUUUACUGUGGGUAUUUAUGUCGAUGUUGCUAACCUCGACUUUUGUAAUAUUUAUUCAAACUUCACGGCACUCGAGUUCCUCGGAUCCCGAAAAAUAGACUAAAACAGGUACUUUUUGUGCUUGAAAUAGAGCUUGUUACACCUAAUACAAGUGUAUAUAUGGGACAGCAUAAAUAAGCUACUUUGAGCCUUCAUUCCUUCUGGUCAGCGGUCUUAGAGCCUUCRGAUAUUUGAUGCUGGCUGAGUAGACUGCAGGCUCAACACAUGUUCUUUGAGCCUGCAUUCCGUCUGUUAAGCAGUCUUAAGCCUUCAUUGAAUUUGUUGAUGCUGACCAGUGAAGUAGAUUGCAUGCUCAACACACGUCUUUUAGCAGCCGCACUCCUUUCGGUAAGCAGCCUUUAGCAUUUAGCUUCUUGAGGCUGACAAACUCGGGCUCUGAAAACUCUAAAAAACACGCUUGAUUUCUCUGUAAGUAACAGUUGAAUUAAACGCCAAAAAUUCAUCAAGCUGAGAUGCCAACCAUAAA